AUGGUAAGUGCAUGGCGAGAGCAAUGUGAUUCUUCUGUGUUGCGUGACCGCACCAAAACCCUCUUGACUACACUUUGUGGUCGAAAGACUUCUGCAACGCGCUGUACGGCGACUCCAAGUGAUUUGAGCCCAAGGGCGCAGGUGACGACUAGCUCAUACUUAGACCCUGCGCUUUUUGUCUUAGCCUCACAAUACGGCCACUGGCAUCUUCCGAAGUGCAUCCUGGAUUAUCCGGAUGUUGUGGAUGCCAUUCGUGGCGAAGCUCAGCAAGUUCUCAAGGAUCUCAGUGCUGCAUUUAACCCGGCAAAGUCUGGGAACUGA